AUGAUCGAAAACUUUGUUCUUAUGAAUAGUGAGCCCUCAAAUCGUUACCAUGUGAUAGCGGAACUCGCUUACCACCUGUUCUUUAGUGGCGGUGUUCCUUCGACCGGAACUUUCAAUCGGAGUGAAUCGGCGCUUAAUAGCCCAACUGAGCCAGAUGUCUCCUUGGCAGCCUCAAUCACAGAUCCUUUGGAGGCCUAUACUUUGGAAGAAGCCAGGAGAACCAUUAGAGACUUACGCAUGAAGUACAGGGCGCAAGCGCACCAGCUCCUAACAUGGCGUCGAGCCCAUCGCAAUCAAGAGGAACUAGUCAACCGUCUACAGAUAGAAAAGGCAGAACAAUUGAAAAUGCUUUCCAGCCAAUUGCUCCUUUUCGAAUCGCGCCUGGUUCGCAAGCAAAAGGAGAUUACGAACAUGCUUUCCCUCCGGGAAACCAUCAUCAUGAAACAACAAAAAGUUAUCGAGUCUUUACAGGCUAAACUCCUAGAUAAUGGAAUAGAUACAAUACAACCGAUUCCAGAUUUCAGAGAUAUGCUCCUUGACUCGAAUACAGGAGACUUUGAUUCCCUGAACGAUUCAGACUCCGCUGUGAUUAUGGAAGAUAUGGAUUCUGAUUGUUGUAAUCUAUCCAACCUUCCACGAUUCCGAUCCAUGAAUCCAGAUAGCGUGACUGUCGUUCGUUCGAUCUCAGAUGCCAUAGACCCAAAUCUCAAAUACAGCGUUGCUAGACGCUCCAAUGGGUUCUUGCGUCGACCAGAAAUACUGGAAACGGUCUAUAGUGUAGAAGAGGAGGCUGAUAAUGAAUCCAUAAAGGCGCUCAGUGCCCAGAAUAGCACAGAAAAAGAAAUCAAGGAUGCUAAUAAAACUGAUGAACAGAAGACAAAGGAAAGCAGUCUUCUAGCGCAGAGACGAGAUAACUUCCGGAUGCGUAGUAUUGUGUUGACCGGCGAAGUCAAAAGCACAGACAGCGAUAAGGAGAAAUCUAAGCCCAGUGAUUCCUGGGCCUACAGCUAUGUGCCAAAACGCAUGAUGGCUGCCAAUGAGUCGGAUGAAGAGGUAUCCAACGCUGAGACGGACGAAGAAAACACAGAACCGAAGUCGACUCACGUCGUAACUUACAACAGGGUGAUGUCCAAUCACAGGAACGUCACCAAACCGAAAGACGUGAAGUACAAGAGGAUAAACAAAGCAAAGUCUAAAAGUUUGGAAGAAUUGCGAGGCCGCUUAAAGAACUGGGUGGACAAAGGUAGCAAGUUGAACGUUCCACUAGAACACGCGCAGAGCUACGCUUGA